GUAGACCUGUGCAAGGUUAAUUUGAAUAUGGUAAUAAAAGCCAUUUUUUUCUGUCAUAAUGACCAGCACGUUUACAUUGAACAUGCUUUGUGAGGGAAUCUCCUUUCCAGCAUCAUUACCAACAAUAACAUACGUCACUUCCUGUCCUGUUAACAAGGAAUCUUGGGACAAGGCAGCGAAGCUGAAAAAAUGUGACAUGUUAAAUAACUAUACAUCGUCUUAUAAGUAUGAGUAUCACUGUGUCUUGAAUAAAGAGGUCACAAAACUACUAGAGGUGUGCGUUCCUGUAUGGUUUUUAACAGGAAACUGUGCUAGAUACAGUAUCCGCGAUGCCAAAAUUUGGAAUAGCCAAGAUACGGAAUGCCUUACUUUCUCGAAACCCUGUCCAAUAAGAUACUUUAUUUGA